AUGUCAGACUUGAUUAGACGUCGUAGGGCGGUGACGGCUACACCGAGUUCGGAGCCCCCGGCUCAGCCGGUAUCAGCUGCCACUGCUCCAGCACUGAUGGAGCAGGACCACGUGCUAGCUGGUCCUGGGGGAUCCCAGGCGGCUGCAUCAUCAUCUUCUUCGGUGGUGCAGCCUCUUAGCGCUAGGCGGCGACACCGGCCCGCUACCACCACCGACACCACAUCCACUGACUGUACUGGUGCCUCGGGGGCACCUACAGCCAAGAGGAACACCCGAGGGCCGUGUCGGCAGCUGAAGACGGCGAAGGUCACCCGGGUGACCAACAGUCGUAUCAGCAUCGGAUAUGACGAGCGCCAUCGGGCUGCACCGACGGCGGACUUGCAUAGCUCCUUGGCCCACGACAUUGGCCACGUCGUUCGGACCCAUUGCCCGAUGCAAUGGAAGUCUUGGAAGGUCAUACCUGACGAGAUCAAGAUGCAAGUUCGCGGCCAGUUGUCGACGAACUACGACUUAGAGGACCUCAACGAGGAGACUUGGCGUACGUCAACAGACUCUUCGGAGGGUUGCCCGAAGGAGCUUGAGGGGCGGGAGGAUAGUUGGGCGUGGCUCUGCGCUCAUUUUCAGGCGCCCGAUUAUGUGAAUAAAGCCCAAGUGAAUAAGGGCAAUAGGAAGAAGAAGACUCUUCUUCACCAUUCCGGCUCCAGGCCCUUCUCAUAUAGGAUGGAUGCACGGCGUCGGACGACGAUGGUGGAGAGGAGCCAGUUGGUUCUUCAAGAGUCCGCCUCCCAACUUCCUCCCGAGACUCCGAUCGAGUCUGUGGAUCCUCCGCAUGAUGCUGGAUUUCAGAUUUUGACGCAGACGUUGGAUCAGACUCUCGGGAGGAGGCCGGGAACGUAUUGUAGGGGGAUGGGGAAUGCCCGACAGAGGGAACCUCGACCGCGGUCAUCGUCGCAGGCAAACAGUCAGUCGCUCGCGCGGUCCGGCAUUCCAAUCCCGAAUUUUGGUGCGUCGACCUCCGAGCCCGUCCACCCCGAGCAUCCCCAGCACACCACGGCCCCUGCAGACCCAUACCUCCGAGCCGCAUGUGGCAGAUGA